UGCGCGAAGCAUUGCGGAUUACUGUUUGCGCGUGUUUGCGUGUGUCCAGGUGUGUGGUGUCCUUAUGUGAGCAACGGUGCUCCGCGUAUAUUAUUGGCCACUUGGGUAACCCAUUAGCGUGUGUUCGUGUGUUUGUGCAUGUAUGCAAAUUUAAGCAAAUAAGCUGUAGCUAACGGAAUGAGUAGUAAUUAACACGUUAAGAUAAGCGGCAAGUGACAGUGCGACAGUGCCGACUGGGCUCACUUAACCAAAGAACUAAACCUUAAAUGACAUAAAUGAAAUAAAGGCAUAAAAGCACCACCAACAACGAGACUCGCACGCACACACACACAAACAAACAAAAAAACUCAUAUCGCGCCCAGCAUGCUGAUCAACAAAGAAACCAUUCCGUACAGGAUGGGUCUGCAGCCCUUCUACUACUACCAGUCGUCGCCCCCGGUUCCGAAUGAGCGGCUAGGAAGUGCCUACCAUCCCAUUACGCCACCGUACCAUCACCCGUACGACUUCAUCCUUCCGAUGCAAUCGCCCCCAAGCUCGAUAACUGCGGCCGCGGUUGCCGCGGUAGCGGCGGCCGCCGGUGUCCCGGUACCCACCGAUCCGAUCCGCCUCCGGUCACCGGCAUCUUCAGCCGCCUCCUCGCCAUCCUCGGCGUCGGCAUCGCCACUGUACUUUUACAUGAACGGGCGCACGACCGGUAGCGCCCAGAACGGGACCGCCAACGGUGCGGCCACUACCACCGGCAAGGACCAGCUGGCGGCAGGACCACUGUCACCACCGCAUACACCGCCCCUGCGCGAUCGUACGCCGAGUCCCACCGGUACCGGUCGGUACGGGCUCUCGUCGCUGGGUGAUUUGGCGCUCGGGUCCGGCACCAACACCGCCGCCCAGCGCAACUCCGUCAUUAUGAAGGUGCAAAACCAGCAGGUGGUACCGAUACAGCGCGAAACCGAUGCCAGCUCACCGUCCGAGCCGGAAACGGUCGAGGAGUUUAUCUGCCGCUGGGAAAACUGUUACUGUGUGUUCUUCAAGCUGGAGGAUUUAGCAAGUCACGUUACACAGAAGCACGCGGUCAUUGGGCUGGAUGGUUUGUAUUACUGCCGCUGGGAGCGCUGCCUGCGCCAGGACCGUGGAUUUAACGCGCGCUACAAGAUGCUGGUGCACGUGCGCACACACACCAAGGAGAAACCGCACCAGUGCGGCAAGUGUGGCAAAUGUUUUUCACGCGCGGAAAAUCUGAAAAUCCAUCUGCGGUCCCACUCGGGCGAAAAGCCGUACGUCUGCCCGGUGGAGGGAUGCAAUAAAGCUUACUCGAACUCGUCCGAUCGGUUUAAGCACACGCGAACUCACUCGAACGACAAACCGUACGUGUGCAAGGUGCCGGGAUGCAACAAGCGCUACACCGAUCCCUCCUCGUUACGCAAGCACGUGAAAACGUUCAAGCACACCGGCAGCCAGAGCCAUUCGCCCCUGCUGUCGGAUGUGUACUGCAUGGAGUACGAAAGCUUCUCGCAGGAUAGUACCCAUUCGGAUGCGGCUGGUUCGUAUCCGGACUACGAUUCCGAGGACAACGGGGCACUGAUCGAUGUGGUCCGGUGCGACGAAGAAGCGCGGCUGUAUCCGGAGUAUUCGUAUCACCGACUGGAGACCUGCGAGCAUCCGGGAUGUCAGGAGUCGGUGAGCAGUCCGCUCGGUGGAAAUUAUUGGAACGUCGAUCAGCCGAACGAUCGGCGCGUGCUGGAUGUGCAAGAGCCACGAACCGAGGGCGGGAUGAUGGAACCACAUCCGGUACCAUGGGACGGUCCGGUGCUGGGAGCAGUCCCGAUUGAAGAUGACGAAUUGUACAGUACCGUGGGUGAGCAGUCCGGGCACCCGAAGGGACCCUGUAUGCCCAAGAUGGACGUGGACAGUCCGCUCGAUCUCAGUAUACAUCACCGAUGAAAGUAUGCGCGAUGUUAUUUUUUUCUUUUAAUUUUCGCAAAUCACAAACUACCCCUAAACCAAACCAAACAAGCAAAUCAGCUACUUCCCAUUUCCCUUCCAAACACAUUCCCAUCCUUCUCUUUCCCCCCGUUUGAUUUCCCCGUUUCCUUGAAACAAACAUUUUAAACUGUGUUCUGCAACGCAACUGAUGGAUUUUGUAGUCUGUAAGUGAAACAAUUUUUUUAUUACUUUAAUAUUUUACACAUACAUACAUGCAAAAAAACGCGUAUAUCUAUCGCAAGAUUAUCUUUAUUACAAUGCGUUACAACGCGCCAGAAGCAAGCUAACAUAUCUUUAAUGUAACGAUACGAUCGAACUACUACUAUUAUAUGCGGCAAAUGUUUUAAACUUUAUGCGCAGCUCCCAACAGCAAUAUGGGGUGAGAAAGGGAACAUUAGAACGGUGCUAAGAACGGUUUUGUGAUUAUGAUGUUGUGAGUGUUAGGAAAGGAAGUGUGUGGGACGGCCCGAUGUAGGAUAGUGGCUGGAAGUUUUUCACAAAACACGAACUUAUUCCGGUUUAUUAUUCUAACAAACUGUCCGGAAAUUGGAACUAACUAUCCUAUUUCGGGUAAAUACAAAUCAAGGAAUGCUAGUAAUCGCAAGCCUCAGAACCUCCAAGGUUGUAGUGCCACAAAGAAGGAAAAGCGAAGAAAGUGAACAAUGGAAGCGAAUAAUAGAGUUAGGCUCUAAGAUCUAAGAAUGUGUUUUGGGUGUAGUGGAUGUAUAGCGGAAACUACAUCAGAAUGUCGAAACGAGCAGAUGCGUCGAAUGGCUAGCAAAAUACCUACAAAUAGUGUCAAUGACAAGGAAGACAGAAAGUGCAGCAGGAUAGUAUAGGAGCAAGUGAAAGGAAAUGCAAAGAGGAAGUACAAUUAUAGAACAAAAACCAAACCCUGUGGUGUGUAUUGAAACUCAAUUUCUUUUAACUAAAGCACAAACAAGCAACACUUACUUGUUACAAACAUUUGCAAAUAUGUGCAGCAAUGGAAUAAAC